GGCAACGGGCUGCUGCUGCUGCCCGCCGGCAUGUUCGGCGCGCUGCCCGCCCUGCGGCACCUGGACCUCAGCAACAACUCGCUCGUGGGGCUGCGCAACGUGUCCUUCCGCGGGCUGCCCUGCCUGCAGAGCCUCGACCUGAGCGACAACUCGCUGAGCGCGCUGCGCAACGGCACGCUGGCCCAGCUGCGCGGCCUGCCCGCCCUGCGGAGCGUCGACCUGCGCCGCAACACGUGGGUCUGCGACUGCGCCAUCGAGGACCUGGUGAACUGGCUCAAGGAGAGCGACCAGGCGGAGGGCAAGGAGGCCCUCACGUGCGCCUACCCCGAGAAGAUGCUGGGCAAAGCCUUGGUGAAGAUGAACGCUUCGGACCUGAACUGCUCCGUGCCCGUAGACCUGCCCUCCCAGCUACAGACUUCGUACGUCUUCUUAGGGAUAGUCUUGGCUCUCAUCGGGGCCAUUUUCCUCCUGGUUUUGUACUUGAACCGCAAGGGAAUCAAAAAGUGGAUGCACAACAUUCGCGAUGCCUGCAGGGAUCACAUGGAGGGCUAUCACUACCGGUACGAGAUCAACGCAGACCCCCGGCUAACCAACCUCAGCUCCAACUCCGACGUCUGA